CAGUCGCCCGCAGGGAGCCCUCGGAGCUGCCACCAUGGGAAUGUCCAAGUCACGGAGUUGCUUUGGGUAUCCCUUGAGCAUCUUUUUCAUCGUGGUCAAUGAGUUCUGCGAAAGGUUCUCCUACUAUGGAAUGCGAGCACUCCUGGUCCUGUACUUCAAAAACUUCCUGAACUGGGAUGAUAACCUGUCCACAGCCAUCUACCAUACAUUCGUGGCCCUGUGCUAUCUGACGCCACUUCUCGGAGCUCUGAUCGCUGACUCAUGGUUGGGGAAGUUCAAGACAAUUAUAUCAUUAUCCAUCGUCUACACCAUUGGACAAGCAGUCAUCUCAGUGAGCUCAAUUAAUGACCUCACGGACCACAACCACGACGGCACGCCUGACAGUAUUCCCGUGCAUGUGGCGCUCUCCAUGAUCGGCCUGGUCCUGAUAGCCCUUGGUACUGGAGGGAUCAAGCCGUGUGUGUCUGCAUUCGGUGGUGAUCAGUUUGAAGAGGGUCAGGAGAAACAGAGAAACAGGUUCUUUUCCAUCUUUUAUUUGGCCAUUAAUGCGGGGAGUUUGCUUUCUACAAUCAUCACUCCCAUACUCAGAGUUCAACAAUGUGGAAUUCAUUCUCAACAAGCUUGUUAUCCACUGGCCUUUGGGGUUCCUGCGGCUCUCAUGGCUGUUUCCCUAAUUGUGUUUGUCCUUGGCAGUGGAAUGUACAAGAAGUUCCAACCACAGGGCAACAUCAUGGGAAAAGUGGUCCAGUGCAUCGGCUUUUCAAUCAAAAACAGGUUCAGGCAUCGGAGUAAGGCAUUUCCCAAGAGGGAACACUGGCUGGACUGGGCUAAGGAGAAAUACGACGAGCGACUCAUCUCUCAAAUCAAGAUGGUGACCAGGGUGCUGUUCCUGUACAUUCCACUCCCCAUGUUCUGGGCUUUGUUUGACCAGCAGGGCUCCAGGUGGACGCUGCAAGCAACAGCCAUGUCUGGGAAAAUUGGAGCGAUUGAAAUCCAGCCAGAUCAGAUGCAGACCGUGAACGCCAUCCUGAUAGUGGUCAUGGUUCCCAUCGUAGACGCCGUCGUUUACCCUCUGAUUGCCAAGUGUGGUUUCAAUUUCACCUCUCUGAAGAAGAUGACAGUGGGCAUGUUCCUGGCAUCCAUGGCCUUUGUGGUGGCUGCCAUCGUGCAGGUGGAAAUCGAUAAAACUCUUCCAGUCUUUCCCGGAGGAAAUCAAGUCCAAAUAAAAGUCUUGAACAUAGGAAAUAAUAACAUGACGAUAUAUUUUCCCCAAGAGACGGUGACACUCCAACAAAUGUCUCAGACGAAUGAAUUCAUGACUUUUGAUGCAGACAAGCUGACAAGCAUAAACAUUUCUUCUCCUGGAUCACCAGUCACUCCAGUAACUCAUCACUUGGAGCAGGGCCAUCGCCACACCCUUCUGGUAUGGGCCCCCGUCAAUCACCGAGUGAUAAAGGAUGGCCUUAACGAGAAACCAGAAAAAGGAGAAAAUGGAAUCAGAUUUGUAAGUACUUUCAACGAGAUGCUAAAUGUCACAAUGAGUGGGAAAGUGUACAAUAUCACUAGUUAUAAUGCCAGCAACUACCAGUUUUUUCCUUCUGGAGUAAAACACUUCACAGUGGACUCAGCAGAGAUUCCACCAGGCUGUCCACGUGAGUUCCAGUCAUCCAGCCUGGGCUUUGGCAGUGCUUAUACCUAUGUGAUCAAAAGGGAGAGUAAUGGCUGCCCGGAAGUGCAGGAAUUUGAAGACAUUGCACCCAACACGGUUAACAUGGCUCUGCAAAUCCCGCAGUAUUUUCUUCUCACCUGUGGCGAGGUGGUCUUCUCCGUUACAGGAUUGGAGUUCUCAUAUUCCCAGGCCCCUUCCAACAUGAAGUCAGUGCUUCAAGCAGGGUGGCUGUUGACGGUGGCUGUGGGCAAUAUCAUCGUGCUCAUUGUGGCAGGGGCCGGCCACUUCAGCAAACAGUGGGCUGAGUAUAUCCUGUUUGCUGCGUUGCUUCUGGUUGUGUGUGUAAUAUUCGCCAUCAUGGCUCGGUUCUACACGUACGUCAACCCAGCAGAGGUCGAAGCUCAGUUUGAUGAGGAUGAGAAGAAAAAGAACGCAGACAAGAGCAACCUGGAUCCCACAUCGGAGCCUGUCACGCAGACCAAGAUGUGAGGUCCGAAAGCAAGGGGAGAAUGGACUGAGCCCAGUGUGUGCCCUUGACCUCUGUCCCCCAGGGAGGACACCCCGUUGGGUGGUCCUUGGUGGGGAAGGCUUCAGAAUUGGGAAAGGUAUUUUCUAAGCUGCCAAUGAUGAGACUGGAAGCAUAGAGGAAGUCUUAUCUAAAACACGGUUGUGGUUGUUUUUAACAGUAAGACCAUGCCUUGCGUUUAACGCAUCUCCCACCAUGCAAGAGAGGAUAGUUUGGACUAACUGAACUUUGAAAGGGUGACAGGGUUUCUCAUUGUUUUUGUUCUAAUAUUUUUAUGAAAACAAUGUGGAAUUUACAGGUUUUUUGA